AUGGAUUUCGAAAGUAUAGGUGAUUGGGACUUUAUGAGAGGAAGUGAUGUUCGAAAAAUUCCAUCAUGCUCUACCCCUGACAGUUCUGUUCAAGACUAUUCAAAUGCAUAUUUCUCUGAGGAUGAAAAUUUCGUUGGAAGCCCGAGUGAAAAGAUCACAGAUCUUAUAAUGAAGGAGUUCGACUAUUAUACCAAUUGUAUCCGCCCGGAGCCGAUAAUUCAAACAGUUUACCAACAACCUGCUCAAGUAUUUCAAAUUCCUAUUGAAGAAGAAGCUCAAACCCAGACCCUGAUCAUCAAUCAAUCCUCAAUAAUUCCAAUUUAUGCCGAACCAAUUCAAAUGAUAACAACAGUUCAAAAUGCAUUUCCAGUGCAAGAAACUGUCGUCGCCAACUCUACGACAGAGAAAUUGAAGAGUCAGUUGAUCGCUAAGAUCAAUGAGAAGCAGCAGAAUAAGACUCGUUCAUCGCCAGAAUCUCCAGAAGUGAGUAGCCAAAAGAAAGAAAUCAAAAAGGAGACGAGCGUGAGAGCUGUUAAAAUUCAGCUAAAGAUCGACUGA